UCAACAUUUGUUCUUUAUACGAAUCGGAAUACGGGUUCAAUACGUCCAGAAAAAGCGUACAUAAAUAUUGAAAUUUUCGCGGCCGGCAAAACAAAAUUUAUAAUGGAUAGGUAUAAGUCCUCUUUGAUACCUUAUAUACUGGAUAUGCUCAGUCGACAGCCGCAACUAUGCACCACCAAGGAAGAAUUGAUAGACAAUAUCAAGGAUAUAAUACUCGAGGAGCACAUUCGUCCCUUUGGCAGCCUGAAGAAGGCGGUGGAGUUUGCCUUGGAGGUGGGCGUCAGCCUGGGCGUGAUCUCCCUGACCGACGAGCGGGUCCGUAUGCCCUUCAACUUCCGCAAGAGCCGACCCAAGUUCAAAGUCCCCUCUGGAAUUCGGAUUACUCCCCGUCUGGGGCGCCGGGUGGUCAAGCAGCGGAUGCCAAAGACUGCCGCAAAGGGGCUAAAGAAAAAGAGGGCAGGACGAAAGGAGCAGAAGAAGCCCCGCCAAAAAAGGAAACCCAGUAUUCCCCAUGAGAUCACUCCCAAUCCUCCCGCCGUAUCCGGGCGUGUUAAUGAACCAGACGGACGGGCUUACAACUGGGUUAACUAGGCGCUGGGCGAAGGCACACACUUGGACUAAUUACCAGGGCAGGGCCACAAAAAAGCAUGCAUAUAGGAAGGGAAAGGGGUACGGGUACACCUGUCCUGCUCGACGGCGCAUUUUCUAUUUGAUUUGCUCGCAGUUAGAGGCGAGUUUAGCAUAAAAAUGAAUAAUUCAGCGCCUGGUUGGGGCAGUCAUAAUGAGAUCGGUGCGCUUUCCAUAUGCUAUCGUUACGGGGAUAAUUAAAAAUGCGUCUUUCGGUGGCCCCUGUCCCCGCAGGUCCAAUAUAUAUAAGGAAUCCGUCGAGUGCAGCCCUUGUUCAGUCUGUCUGCGGAACAAGUCGGAUCUAUACGUGCCCACCAACAAAAGGAUAUAAAAGGAUAUACACGCCAACAGGAAGGACCUGCAAUCCCAGCCGAUAUCCUAGAUAUCCCCGAACGGAAUACAAAAAGGAUACGCGAUCAGUGUAUACCGAUCAGUGGCCGUUGAAAAGUGACCUCUUGCCCUCCCCCAAAACCCAAGAAAUAGAAUUCCGAUUUAGUGUCAUACGAAAUGUGAGUCAAAGUCAAUAAAAAAGAGUGGCGUGUUUUAAAACUGCGAUCUAUUUUUUUCAAAAAAGAAAGGAAUUGUAAAUGCUAAGACGCAUUGAAGAACCUUCUUGCGAUCUAGAAACGUAUUAUAAAUACUACGGCGUACUGAACCAAGCCAAGAUCUAACACUGUUCAAAGAAAUUCUAAUAAAUGCACGUGUCGAGUGGUCAAACUA